AUGAAACUUAUUGCUUUAUUUGCGGCCUUUGCCUAUCAGGCUGCUGCCAUCAGUGUGUCUGGCGCAGCUGAGGGUUUCGCGAAGGGUGUCACCGGCGGUGGCUCUGCGAGCCCCGUCUACCCCCAGUCCACCUCCGAGCUGGUCUCGUAUUUGGGCGAUAACAAGCCGCGUGUUAUUGUUUUGACCAAGACUUUCGACUUCCGCGGCACUGAAGGCACUGCCACCUCCAGUGGAUGCGCGCCAUGGGGCACCAGCUCCAAGUGCCAGAUCGCCAUUGAAAAGAAUGAUUGGUGUAAGAACGAUGUCCCGGCAGGCACCCUCACUAUCCCCUCUAUCAAAUAUGAUAAGGCUGGUGUUCUCGGUAUCACGGUUGCUUCUCACAAGACUCUCAUCGGUCAGGGCUCCGCCGGUGUGAUCAAGGGCAAGGGUCUGCGUAUCGUUGCUGGCGCGAGCAACGUUAUUAUACAAAACAUUGCUGUUACCGAUAUCAACCCUCAAUACGUUUGGGGCGGUGAUGCUAUCACUGUCGACAACAGCGAUAUGGUCUGGAUCGACCAUGUUACUACUGCCCGUAUCGGCCGUCAACAUAUUGUUCUCGGUACUUCGGCUUCCAAGCGUGUGACCAUCUCGAACAGCUUUAUCGACGGUCGUUCUAAUUGGUCUGCCUCUUGCAACGGCUACCACUACUGGGGUAUCUAUCUUGACGGAAGCAACGACUACGUGACUUUGAAAGGUAACUACAUCUACCACACCAGUGGUCGGUCCCCAAAAGUUCAGGGUAACACUCUUUUACAUGCCGUUAACAACUACUGGUACGAUAACGGUGGCCAUGCCUUCGAGAUUGGCUCUGGCGGUUACGUUCUCGCCGAAGGUAACGUCUUCCAGAACGUUCCUAAUAUCAACGAUGUGACCAUGAAGGGCAAGUUGUUCACUGCCCCCUCUCCUGGCGCCGCCCAAGCCUGCAGCAGCACUCUUGGUCGUCCGUGCCAAAUGAACGGAUACGGGAGCUCUGGGCCGUUCAGCGGCAGUGACACUAGCUUCUUUUCCAAAUUCCGAGGGCAGAACAUUGCCUCGGCUUCUCCUUACACCUCGGUCGUAGCUAGCGUCAACGCCAAGGCCGGUCAGGGUAAGCUCUAA